CAAACCGGAUAGGAGUGGAUAAAACAACAACAAUCUAAGAAGAAGAAGAAGAGAACAGUAAUUAUUCCGAUUUCCAAUGGCGACUUCUGUAACAACACCACCUUCCCUCUCUUUUUUCUCUUCUUCAGUCUUCUUCACCUCCUCCCAACGCCAAAACCUCAAACCCCUCGUCGCCUUCAAGCCCAAUUCCCUCAAAACGCCCACCGCCAGGCCUCUGGCCAUCAGCUCCGAGCUCGCCACUCUACCAAUCCUCUCCUUCACUGGUGAAAAAAUUGGUGAGACCUACCUUGAUGUCAAGGCAGCACCACCGGAGACAGCACGCGCUGUCGUUCACCGAGGAAUCAUUACGGACCUCCAGAACAAGCGUCGUGGUACCGCCUCAACCCUCACCCGAGCUGAGGUUAGGGGUGGAGGUAGGAAGCCUUAUCCUCAGAAGAAAACGGGCCGGGCCCGACAAGGGUCCACAAGAACUCCUCUACGGCCCGGUGGAGGGGUCGUGUUUGGGCCCAAGCCCAGGGAUUGGAGCAUCAAGAUCAACAAGAAGGAGAAGAGGUUGGCCAUUUCGACGGCGGUGGCUAGUGCCGCUGUGAACACGAUUGUGGUGGAGGAUUUUGGGGAUAAGUUCGAGAAGCCGAAGACGAAAGAUUUCAUUGAAGCGUUGAAGAGAUGGGGUAUCGACCCCAAGCAGAAAUCUAUGUUUUUGGUUAUGGAACUGAGUGAGAAUGUGGUUCUUUCGAGUCGGAAUAUUGGGACACUGAAGAUGUUGACUCCGAGAACCCUUAACCUGUUUGAUAUAUUGAAUGCGGACAAGCUUGUGUUGACUCAAGAUGCGGUUGAUUACUUGAAUGGUCGGUACGGUGUUGAUUUUGAGGCUGAGGACGAGGAAGGAGAUGAAGAAGAAGCUGGUGGUGGUGAAGUUGAACUAGUAGAAGAAGAUGCAGGAGUUGCAGCGGAUGAGAACCCUGCACCAGCCGAGUAAUAUUUUGGAGCAUAGAGAUGCAGGUUUCUGUGACAUUUUUUUUCCCUUGGCUGCUGUUAAUAAUUUUAUUUCUCAUCUGUCUUGAAUGCGAGCGGAACAAAAUAUAAAGAGGCACACUCACGCACAAAGGAGAGGAGAGUUGAGAAUUUCAGUAGUUAUGUUUGUUGGGAAUCUUAAUGUAAUUUUUUGGCUAUGUUUUUAUGUCAAAAAAAUAAUAAUAAUAAUUAAAAAAAAAAUACGAGCAACCAACCAAAUGGCGAAAAUUGUUAUAGAUAUAAUAUAGUUUUGAACAAAAUGCUGAAGAUAUAUAAACAGUGAGAAACUAGAGCUUUUGUUUUUGUAUAUUCGUACACUAAUUUACAGGUAAUGGACAAAUAUAUUUGCCUUUGAAGAUGUUAAGAGAAUUUUAUGAGGAA